AAUCGGUGUGUUUUCAAACGAGAAGCUGUUCCCGUAUAUCACACCCAAAAGCUGCCAGCACUCCCAGAGCCAGAGGGUUUCGAUAGGUUUGCACCUCCCUGACUUCACGCUCCUUCUGCGAGCGCAGCAGCCAACUAAAUAACCUGGGAGCAGGUUUCAGGAAAGCUAGAGGAAGUUUAGGAGAAGCUGCGGCAGAGCGGAGCUGGUGCUGCUUGCAGGCUCCGAGAGCCCAGCGCUCUCCGCUGCUGUGAUGCAAGCCCUCCUCCCCCCGCCGCUCGGGAGCAUUUGCCUGGAGCUGGGAUCCGCACACGGCUGAGCUCCCAAGUUGGAGCAUGGCUCCGAGAAGACUGAGAAGCUGGAAGGCACAAACUCCUGCAGACCUGGGAGCUGACACGUGUUCUAGGAGCCUUCUACUUUCCCAACCCUUCGCGUGUGCUAAGGACGGAGCAGACACGGCUCAAAGGCGCUCACACCUGGAAGGAUCUCUUUUUGGAUCCUGCUGCUGGUAACAGAGCUCUGCAGACCUACUCAUAGCCACAGAGGAAAAAAAGAGGAAAAUUCUUUGAAACAGCAAGACACUUUUCAAAGUGAGGAGUCGAAGGAGGCAGUUUUUCCCCUCCUUCCCUGUCUGGGAGAAAGGAGUUGCCCAAGCUGGUGAUGAGACUUUUCCAUACUUCGCAAAGCAGGCUCCUGAAGUUAUGACACUGCACCACUGAGAGCCUAGGGUAGUGUAGUCCAGAACAGCCCCCAGCAGCACACCCCGAGUGCAGACAAUCUGGCAGGCACAGGAGAUGGAGAAUGAGGUUGGCAAAUCUGUGGACAAUCAAAUGGACAAAUACAUAGUUACAAUAAUGGGGAAAUCAGAAAGUCAAAUGGAUAUUGUGGAAAAAUCAACAAAAUCUGGGAAGAAAUCCUGGAGCUUUGUGGCAAUCGGUCUGGCUGUCUUGCUGCUCCUCAUGACUUGUGCAGUGGUCGCCCUGGUGAUCCUGUAUGCCAGCAGCAGAGGCACUCACUAUGGCACCAAUUCAGGCAACAUAUGUACCACACCUGGAUGUGUUACAGCAGCUGCUAGAAUAAUUCAGAAUAUGGACCCAACAGCUGACCCGUGCAAGGAUUUCUACCAGUAUGCCUGUGGGGGCUGGCUGAACCGGCAUGUUAUCCCAGAAACUAGCUCCAGAUACAGCAUUUUUGACAUCCUGAGAGAUGAGCUGGAGAUCAUCCUAAAAGGUGUGUUGGAGACUUCAGAUCGAGGGGACAGAGAAGCAUUUCAGAAAGCUAAAAUACUUUACAAGUCAUGCAUGAAUGAGAGUCUUAUAGAGCAACGAGAUUCAUUGCCUCUGCUAGAGGCCUUAACGAUGGUUGGAGAUUGGCCAGUGGCUUCUGCAGACUGGAAUAAGACCAAAGAGCCAAAUUGGAGCAUGGAAGAAAAACUCUCCAUAAUGAACUCCAGAUUUAACAAACGUGUCCUCAUUGACAUGUUUGUGUGGAAUGAUGACCGGGAUUCCAGCAGACACAUCAUUUAUAUUGACCAGCCAAGUUUAGGAAUGCCAUCCAGGGAUUACUACUUUAAUGGGGGCAACUAUCAAAAAGUGAGAGAAGCUUACCUGCAGUUCAUGAUCACCAUUGCCAAAAUGAUCCGGGAAGACAAGAACGUGUCUAAAGACGAUUCCUUUGUCCAAGAGGAAAUGGCUAGGGUUAUGGAGUUUGAAACAGAGAUUGCAAAUGCAACUACCCCAGCAGAAGAAAGGCAUGAUGUAACCUUGUUGUACAACAAAAUGACCUUAAAAGAGCUACAGGAAAAGUUUGCAUUGAACGAAUUUAACUGGACCUUCUUCAUCCAAGGUGUCAUGUCUUCAGUAAGUGUUCAGGUUGACCCAGAAGAAGAGGUUGUUGUAUAUGGCAUGCCCUAUCUGCAAGAGCUGAAAGCAAUUAUCUCAAAGUACUCAGCAAGCACUAUCCAGAACUACCUCAUUUGGCGACUGGUGAUUGAUCGAGUCAGCAGCUUGAGUCGACGUUUCAAGGAUGCUCGGGCCAGCUACAGGAAGGCACUUUAUGGGACAACACUGGAAGAAGCCCGCUGGAGGGAGUGCGUGAGUUAUGUCAACAACAACAUGGAGAACGCAGUGGGAGCAAUGUAUGUCAGAGAGGCAUUUGCUGGUGAGAGCAAGAGGAUGGUCCGAGAUUUAAUAGAUAAGAUUCGUGAAGCAUUCAUCGAGACUUUAGAUGAGUUACAGUGGAUGGAUGAGGCAUCUAAAGAGAAAGCUCGUGAGAAGGCAAUGGCAAUUAAAGAACAAAUAGGCUAUCCAGAUUAUAUUUUGGAAGAUCAGAAUGAAAAACUAGAUCAGGAAUAUGCCAAUUUAAACUUCAGUGAACACAACUACUUUGAAAACAUUCUGGAAAACCUGAGAGCGGGAGCCCAAAAGAGCUUGAAAAAACUUCGAGAGAGAGUUGACCAAGAUAUAUGGAUAAUUGGAGCUGCAGUGGUCAAUGCAUUCUAUUCCCCCAAUCGGAACCAGAUAGUUUUUCCUGCUGGGAUUCUACAGCCCCCCUUCUUCAGCAAACACCAACCACAAGCCCUGAACUUUGGAGGGAUCGGGAUGGUUAUUGGGCAUGAAAUUACUCAUGGGUUUGAUGACAAUGGUAGGAAUUUUGAUAAAGAUGGAAAUAUGUUUGACUGGUGGAGCAAUUUCUCAGCUAUGCAUUUCAAGGAGCAGUCUCGUUGCAUGGUUUAUCAGUAUGGGAACUACACAUGGGAGCUUGCUGGAGGACAAAAUGUCAGUGGAAUAAGCACAUUAGGAGAAAAUAUUGCAGAUAAUGGAGGAGUCCGACAGGCUUAUAAGGCCUACUUAAAAUGGCUGGAACGGGAAGGGAAGGAGCCAAAGUUGCCUGGACUGAAUCUGUCCCACAAACAGCUUUUCUUCCUCAACUUUGCCCAGGUUUGGUGUGGUUCCUACAGACCAGAAUAUGCUAGCCAGUCAAUAAAGACAGAUGUUCACAGCCCUCUGAAAUACAGGGUGAUGGGAUCUUUGCAGAACUUUGAAGCAUUCUCAGAGGUGUUCCACUGUAAAAAAGGCACAGCCAUGCAUCCUGUAGAGAAAUGCAGAGUGUGGUAACCAAAAAGAACACUGGCGAGAAUGACGCAUACUCUGGUGACACAACAAACAGUUCUUGCCAAUGAUGUGCCUGCUGUUCUCCCAUUCAGUCACAGCCAAGGCUAAUGGUGCAGCUACUGUGGUGAGAAUCAAGGAAACUACGGCACUCAAGCUCUUGCAGUUCCACUGGGAAGUAGACAGGUAUCUCAGUGACCGAUGGGCUGUGCUGAAAGCCGCAGUGUGCUCCAGAACAGAAAUGACUGUUUCAAAUGACAUCCUGACUGUUAUUAAGAUACCGCAUCAGGGUUACAAAGACUAAUUCUUAAAUAAAAAAAAAAACAAAACAAAACAAACAACAAACA